CAUAUAGGCCGUAACCUCGACCUUCUCUCGUCUAGGGUUUCGAUUUUUCUCGAUAUUCAUUUGAGAAUCAGUCUCGAAUAUUCUCCAAAGCCUCUCGAUUUAAGGGGGGUUUUCUGCGAUUCGGUGGGAAGAUUAGGGUUUUAGAUGGGGACGGAGAGAAAGAGGAAGGUGAGCUUGUUCGAUGUGGUGGAUGAGACCUCUGCAAAACUUGCCAAAUUCAACGGCGGCGGUGGCGCAGGAAGUAAUCUGAUAAAUCGGUGGAAUGGAAGGCCAUACUCGCAGAGGUAUUACGAAAUAUUAGAGAAGAGGAGGACCCUUCCUGUUUGGCACCAGAAGGAAGAGUUCUUUCAAGCCUUGAAAGCCAACCAAACCCUAAUCUUGGUUGGUGAAACUGGCAGUGGUAAAACUACUCAGAUACCUCAGUUUGUUCUGGACGCUGUUGAUUUAGAUGGACCAGAUAAGCGCAGGAAAUACAUGAUAGGCUGCACCCAACCUCGCAGGGUGGCUGCAAUGUCUGUUUCUCGUCGAGUUGCUGAAGAGAUGGAUGUAACUAUUGGAGAAGAAGUUGGCUAUAGCAUUCGUUUCGAAGACCAGAGUAGUGCAAGGACAGUUUUGAAGUAUUUAACAGAUGGUAUGCUUUUGAGAGAAGCUAUGACGGACCCGCUUUUGGAAAGGUACAAAGUGAUAAUUCUUGAUGAGGCACACGAAAGAACUCUGGCAACAGAUGUUUUAUUCGGGCUUCUAAAAGAAGUGCUGAAAAACAGACCGGAUCUCAAGUUAGUUGUUAUGAGUGCUACCCUUGAGGCAGAGAAGUUUCAAGGUUAUUUCCAUGGUGCACCUCUUAUGAAAGUUCCAGGAAGGCUAUUCCCUGUCGAGAUUUUAUACACCGAGGAGCCUGAGAGGGAUUACCUUGAAGCGGCACUCCGUACUGUUACUCAGAUACACAUGCAUGAACCACCUGGUGACAUACUUGUAUUUCUGACGGGUGAGGAGGAGAUAGAAGAAGCAUGUCGGAAAAUACAUAAAGAAGUUGCAAAUAUGGGAGAUCGCGUGGGCCCUGUGAAAGCAGUUCCCCUGUAUUCUACCCUUCCUCCAGCUAUGCAGCAGAAGAUAUUUGAACCUGCUCCACCUCCCCUCACGGAAGGCGGUCCUGCAGGGAGGAAGAUUGUGGUGUCUACAAACAUUGCAGAAACAUCUUUGACUAUAGAUGGCAUAGUUUAUGUGAUAGACCCUGGGUUUGCCAAACAAAAAGUGUAUAACCCUCGAAUACGUGUUGAAUCUUUAUUAGUCUCUCCGAUAUCAAAGGCUAGUGCACACCAAAGAGCAGGGCGUGCUGGAAGAACACAACCAGGAAAAUGUUAUAGACUGUACACUGAGAAAAGUUUCAAUAACGAUCUUCAGUCGCAGACCUACCCAGAGAUACUGAGAUCAAAUCUUGCGAAUACGGUUCUCACCUUGAAGAAACUAGGGAUAGAUGAUCUUGUCCAUUUUGAUUUCAUGGACCCCCCUGCCCCCGAGACGUUGAUGCGUGCUUUAGAGGUGUUGAAUUACUUGGGAGCAUUGGAUGAUGAAGGCAACUUGACAAAACUGGGUGAGAUCAUGAGUGAGCUUCCCUUGGAUCCACAGAUGGGAAAGAUGCUUGUUGUCAGCCCCAAAUUUAACUGUUCAAAUGAGAUUCUGUCAAUAUCUGCCAUGCUUUCAGUACCCAAUUGCUUUCUCCGGCCUAGGGAGGCUCAAAAAGCUGCAGAUGAAGCAAAAGCAAAGUUUGGGCACAUUGACGGGGACCAUCUGACGCUCUUGAAUGUAUACCAUGCCUACAAGCAAAAUAAUGAGGAUCCAUCUUGGUGCUACGAAAACUUUGUUAAUCAUCGAGCAUUAAAAUCUGCUGAUAAUGUAAGACAACAGCUAGCUCGGAUCAUGGUUAGGUUCAACCUCAAGUUAUCCAGCACAGAUUUUAACAGUCGUGACUACUACAUCAACAUAAGAAAGGCUAUGCUAGCUGGAUAUUUCAUGCAAGUGGCUCAUCUGGAGCGCACUGGACACUAUUUGACUGUGAAGGACAACCAAGUGGUUCACUUACACCCUUCAAAUUGCCUGGAUCAUAAGCCAGAGUGGGUCAUCUAUAACGAGUUUGUCUUGACAAGCAGAAACUUCAUCCGCACAGUGACAGAUGUUCGUGGUGACUGGUUAGUUGAUAUAGCGCCACACUACUUUGACCUUGCUAACUUCCCACCAUGUGAGGCAAGGCGGAAGCUUGAAAAGAUUUACAAGAAAAGGGAAAGGGAGAGGGAGGAAGAGAAGGACACGAAGUAGAGCUUCUGCUGCCCCUCUCAUGUUUCUGCCACCGAGGUAGAUGCGAGACCAAGGAUCUUAUAGUAUAUUGAGAGCCUGCUGUUCGGAUGCCUCUCGACUGUGUCGAAAUUGACUAAUGCAACCCUUCCGCAAAUUUCUUGUGGUGCAGACAUGCAGAAUUCCUUGUAUCCUUUAUUUAAGAGAAACUCAGAGCUGUACGAAGUUGUAUGAUUUCUCCUAAUUUGUUUUACAUCUUAUCUUUUCUUGCUUUUUAUUGUUCUUCAACUAUGGUGGGACUACUGUGGGCAAUUGUUCUUUCUUUAUUAUGAAUUAUGGAGUUUAGACUA